CUUCAUCUGAUAAUUCGAGUCCCGAGGAACUUGGCGAGAAUCACGAUAACAGAAAUGUGAGCGUUCAUAUGUUUACUCAUCAAUUUCAAUAAACUUUAUCGGCUAUCACUUUGAAUUUUAAAGCGAUUUUUGAAAUUCUAUUUAUUUAGAAUUUCGUGAGUAACAAGUAAUAUUACGAUGAUGUUUUACAUUUAUGUGGUUAUUAUUGUGUUCCCACAUUCUGUUUAAAAUUUCAUACUUUUAGUUCAUUGAUUUUAUUUUAUACUUAUUUGUGAUAAUGUAUUUAAUAUAUUUGUUUGAUAUGUUGAUGAUAUACGAGGCGCACAGUAGAAAAAAAUUCGAAAAAUUGAAUAAAACAUUAUGGAAACUACAUCAAGAGACCGCAAUGUUACCAGAAUAAAAAAUUGAGAGGAAAUUUUUUAACUUUGAAUUAAUUUUGAUUCCUUGAGUUCUACAAUUAUUUAUUCAUUCUAUAAGAAUUUAAAAUUUGGCGCGAAAAUUUAAAACUUUUCCUUUUCCAUAUUUGUCAUUUUCAAUUUUCUUAAGUAUUGUCUGUUGGUAAGCACGUUUACUAGCAGGAUCAUAUUAAAAAUGGUUGCUCUUAGAAUUUCCAAGGUUUUAUUUUAUUUCCUGGUUUCUAUUUAAUUGUUUAAAUUUAUUUUUAAACUAAAAUGUGUUAUUACUAAUAAUAGUAAUACAAUUAGUAAAAAAAAAUAAUUUAUUGUGGUUCUUAAAAUAAAAUAAAUUUAGUAAGGUUAUGCUGGUGUAUUUGAAUUGAAGUAAAAUGGCAUCAAAUGAUCAGUGGCCUCCUGUAACGUCAUCAUCCCUUGGUAAAGGUCAAGGUGGCGGUAGAAAAAAUGAUAACAAUAAAAAUAAUAAUAAUAGCAAUAAUAAAAACAACAAUAAAAACAAAAACCAGCAACAAAUGGUAAGUGAUCUGGUGACAGAAAUGUUCCAGAGUACUCUAGAUCAUGAUGUCAUACUUUCAAUUGCUGAAAAUUGUAACUGGGAAUUGCAAUUUACAAUAGAUGCGCUGAUUGCAUUGUCAGCAACUGUUGAUGAUAAAAAAAAACCAGCUGAAAAAAUAAUGUCGCCAACUGUUUCAAGCUCAGACAAUCAACUUAAUUUAUCAUCAAAUUCGACUGCUGCCGAUGAUAUUUUACGAAUGAAUGACGACGAGUUGAAAGAACAGUUGGAGGGUUUUAGUAAAUUUGAAGAACUGAAAAAAAAUUCAUCAAAAAAUAGAAUGGACUCAUUUCGUGGUAACAUAUCAAAGUUAGAUACUCAUAUAGAUGCCGCUGCUGAAAAUUAUUCGCCAGCUAAAGUUGAUAGCAAUAAACGUAUUCCCAGCUCACCUUGGAAUAAACCAACGUCAUUGUGGUCUGGUGGUAACUCAAAUGAAAAAGACGAUGGUAAAGUUUGGCAGAGUAAUUCUAAUUAUUUAUCAACAAAUUUUUUUACAACGAAUAAUCCAUCACCAAGCCCACAAAAUGAUUACUUCCAUCAAGUUUCUUCAAAUUCACAGCGCAAUCAGAGUCAUCAGAAAACUACAAAGUCUAAUAAAAACAAUAGCAAUAAUAAUAAUAAUAAUAAUAAUAAUAAUAAUAAUAAUAAUAAUAAUAGUUUAGCAAAUAAAUCACGCAAUGAAUCGGAAUUAUGUGGCUUGAAGGUGCACUAUCGUAAGUCCGGAACAGAAAGCAGUUCUGAAGACGAUGAUGCUGAUGUCGUUGUCGAGGAAGAAUAUAAUGACGAUGAUUACAACAGUAUAUCAAAUAUUCCAGUUAAUGUCUCACAAUUUUUAUCAUCACCUGUUCAAUCACCACCGCGAAAAAAUAUUCAGCCGACUGCAGUCAAAGCAACUCGUGUUAAAUCACCAUCAAAAAGUCCACUUAAACAGGCCCAUGAUACUACGAUUGAGAGAAUAAAAAAGGCUAUCAAUCGUGGAGAUAAAUUAAUAAUAUUCAUGCGCGGUCUUCCAGGCAGUGGAAAGUCAACAGCAGCUAGGAAUCUUAUAUCAACAACACUAGCAAAAGAUCCAUCAAUUUACAUAUUCAGUACGGAUGAUUUUUUUCAAUUACACAAUCGCGGAGUCUACAAGUAUGACCCGACAAAACUCAGCGAAGCUCAUUCACGAAAUCAAAGUCGAGUUUUGAAUGCCAUGAAAUCUGGCAGGACACCAAUUAUUGUCGACAAUACUAAUCUUCAGAUCUGGGAAAUGCGUCCUUACGUACUGAUGGCUAUUAAUCAUAACUACGGUGUUGAAGUAUUAGAAAUGGCAACACCGUGGGCUUACAAUGCUAAUGAAUUGUCACGUAAAAAUAUUCAUGGUGUUCCAAAAGAAAAAAUUCGUAUGAUGAUUGAAAAAUAUGAGAGAGGAAUCACUGGUCAAAAACUUAUAGAUAUUUACUCUAGUGAUUUCAAUCCAAUAGAAACUCAAACUCGAUCUCCAACAGUUGAUAAAAAAAAUUUACUUAUUGUUGAGAAUAUAAAUCAAGACCAACGUAUUGAAGAUAAAAAAGUCAUUCAGGAUAAUAAGAAUUCUUUUAGUAAAUAUUUACAGAGUCUUGCACGCCCUGAAGUCCUGGUAGAAGUUGAUCAGGUAUCAAAGAUUGAUAUUGAUGAUCUUGAGAAAGAAAAAACCGAGGGUGUGAAGACAGAUGACAGCCAAAUGCUUCAACCUUUAGGUGCAAUAGGGUCUGAGAGAAAAAAUAGCGUAGUACAUCUAGAUGUAAUUAGUCCAGUACGAGAGACAGAUGAACUAGAAUGUGAGAUUAGAGAUAAUAUCAACAUGCUACCACCUUGUUGGGACUUUACGCUACUAUUGGACGGCAAAACAUUACACAGCAAUCAUCUUGAUGAAGAAUAUUAUUAUAACAAACCUAAAGGAUCUCCAGUUGAUGCUGAUGAAAUCAGGAAGCAGGAUGAAGAGUUUAGCAAAGAGGGUAACAGUGGCAAAGAAAGUCCUUUGAUGACGGAAGAAGAACUUUUAGUCGAAUGUGUUCCAGAUGAUUGUACUCAAAUGGACGAAUUUAUUAAAACAUUGGCGAGUAGAUACAAUCAGAAGAGCGAAUUUGAUGUCAAGGAAUCUACUGUGGUCAUUACGGAAAUAGUUGAUGGUGAAGAACUGCCUCAGUUGCCUGACAAUACUACUCCUGAUGAAGUUAGCAAGGAUUGUGUCGAUACUUCUAUCGAGGUUGAAAAUGUUCAUCAAGACAAAGAAAAAGAGGAAGAAAAUGAUGGUGGUAAUGAUAGUGAUGAUGAAGAUAAAGGAGAAAAAGAAGAGCUGCAUACUUCCGAUGAAGAUGUAAUUGGACAUGGUGAAUUAAAAAUAAAAAGUCCCUGGCCUGAUGAUGGUGACAUUGACUCAGAGUUCCUGGAUGACAGCAUCGAUGAUACCAUUGGAGAUGAAAGUUUGAGCGACGAUGAUCUUGAAAAAGUUAUAGAAAAUUUAGGUGUCACUGAAAUACCUGAGUCAGCUGUACCUGAAGUUAAAGAUGAAAUUAGUGUCAGCAAAGAAAUUAAAAAGGCUCCAUCUAAAUCUACGAUCGGAUCGAUAUUUAAUAUUAUUAAGACAUCUAUUUUGGGAGAUAGUUCAGUUGAAAAAGCGACUGAAGCCGUCAGUAGUAAUGUAGAGAAAAAAACAGAAGCUGUUUUAGAAGAGGCUCAUGAUGAAAAAGAUAAAAUAGAAGAAAUGUCAAAGUCACCAGAUAAAUUCCAGUCGAAUGAAGAUGAAUCUAAGGAAGCAACCGAAGAAAUGCAUGAGCGAUUGACUCUAGACGCGAAUAAAGAUUUAAAUGAACUGAUAAAUGAGCCAGAAUUUUCGGCAGCUACAAAAGAUGAUAAGGUAGACAAUAUCAACAGUAUCACUUGGAGAGAGUCACCGUUCCCGUUGGACGAUGUACCGAGUAUUAAAUUAAAUUUAGAUGAUAGUCCGGAUAAAAAGUCUGUGUCGACAAACGAGGCGGGGACCAACACAUCGUAUUAUGAUUUCAAUGUUUCUUUUGUUGGAGGAACUGCUGAUUCAAAUUACCGCGUUGUGGAAACUUUGAACAGAUCAAUAAAUGAGGGAAUACCUUUAGUGCAAUCGGAACGUCCACCUUUGAAAUUGAUGCUCGAUAAAGGCUCAAUGACCGGUGAUAUGUUUAAUCGUGAUGCUGAUUCCCAAUCAGAUGAUCCACUUUCAGGUAUUUCGCAGCUCGUGGAUUUGUUUCCACAUAUUCCGCGUGACUAUUUGGUAGAAAUUUACGAAAAUUUGUGUCAGAAAGACUUUGGGUGGGCGGUAGAUGUCUUGUUGGACGGCGUUCCGGAAGACAUGCCAAUUAAACUGUCAGAGAAUUCUGAAAAUGAGAAAGAAAAAGAAGACAAAAAUUGUGAAGAAACGAAAGAUGAAACUUCGAGUUGUUUAAAAAAUUUGACUAAAUCAACAGCUGACUUUUUGGAUGAGAUAGAGACAGAAACGACUGAAGAAAGUUUACCAGAAACUUCGAUGAAAGAAGAUAUCAGUAAUGAAGAAGAAAGAUCUACAUCAAGCGUCAAUAACGAAGCCGAAGAUGAAGAAAUAAAAUUACAAGAAUGUGAAAGUCUUCAAGACAACAAAACUGACACCGAUUUAUCUGAUGAUAUUUCCUCGCAUUCAACGGCAUCUUGCAGUCGCACGGAUUCAACAGAAAAUGAUAAGUCUUCAGAGCCUGAGGAAACAAUUGAAUUUAACCUCGGCUUUGAUGGUAUUCGUUCACUCGAGAAUUUAUUCAGUAACUCUGACUUCCACAUUCCCGACGGCUUUAUGCCAGUUAUUCAAGUAAAGAAAUCAAUGGCUAAAGAGCUUUACGCCUUGUGGAUUGAAAGUAUGUAUCAACAAUUAAACUCUCGGCAUGAGCAGCUAGAUAAUAUGAUAGCAAAAGACGCUGAGUAUGCCAAGAGUCUUGAAAAAGAACUUCAACUCGAAGAGGCAUCUGCUUCUUCAAAUUCUAUUUCUUCACGUAGAAUUGAAAGCAUGAAUUUCGAAUUAGCAUUGAAGAAUUACAAUGAAGCGGUAAAAUCAAAAACUGUUGAAGAAAUACCAGAUUACAUGACAUCAGAAUUGUCACGACAAAAACUUUAUGAAACACUUCCAGGUAUAGAUCCGAAAGCACUUGAUGAAAUUUUAAUUGCCCAUGGAAAUAAUUUAAAAGAGACUUUUGAAAUAAUAAAAGACAGUACUGGCAGGUCUUUACCAGUUGAUGUCACCAGGAAACAAGAUACUUUUGUUGACGUUGUCAAAGAAAAAAAAGUAAAUGAUGAUAAACAAAAAUCACAAAGUGUCACUCCAAUAAUUGUCGUAAGACCUGACAGCAAAAAUGAUAAAAACAAAGCAAUGUACAAAGAUGCUCUUUCGGGUGUUGAUAAUGCUAAGCAAGAAGCUUAUCGACAAUUUUCACUGCAAGUCGAAAACUUCAAUAAAGCCGCAGAGGCAUAUCGACGAGGGUGUCCUGCUGUCGCUGCUUAUUACUCACAAGUUUCCCGACAACAUGCGAAAAAUAACGAAGAAGCUCGUGCUGAAGCGGCAAGUGCGAUGGUCGAGGCGCAAAUACUUGACAAUGAAGAUAUUUUAGAUCUCCAUUACUUAGUUGUCGCAGAUGCAAUCGUAGCAUUGGAAAAAUUUUUGCAACAUCAUUUGAAUAAACUUAGUAAAAGUAACAACCGAUACUCAAUAGUUUAUAUCGUCACCGGAAGAGGCGCUAGAAGCAGCAGCAAAACGAGCAGAAUUAAACCUGCUGUUGCGAAGAAAUUACUUAAUUACAAUAUUCGCUUUUCAGAAGCAAAUCCAGGCUGUUUGAAAGUUACUUUACACCGUAGCAAUGGAACAGACUGAAUAAUAACGCACAUAUGUCUGUGUUCAUUACAGUUAUAAUAAUAAUAUUAUUAAUAAGUAAGUUUGAUAAAAAACGAAAUUAUUUUAAUUAAUAUAACGUAUCUGUUGAUUAUAAAAAAUCAACUAUCAUUAAAAUUUUCUCUAUAAAAAAUAAAAAAAAUAUUUUAUCAAGCGUCGAGUAAAAGAUGUAUUUUUUUCGUUUAAUAUUGGAAGCGAUGAGA